GAAAUGAAGGCCAACCCUGGCCAUGUCUUCGGUAUCUGCGGUCAGAUAUUCGACAAAGCUAACGUCCGCGUCGAGGAUUUCUGGGACGUUGCCGGUGAUUCGAAGGCUUACAGGAACAACUCGCUUGACGGUUCUUACAGCCUGUCACCUCCUGAAAACAUAUUAGAAAGAGCCAUGGCUAAGAUUGGGGAGAUUGGCUACAACAUAAUUUGGAAAAAUUGUGAACAUUUCGAAAAGUUCUGUAGAUACGGGAAGGAAAAGAGCGAACAGGUGGAGGGUGUAGUCUGGUCGUUGGUUGCGUACUGGGUUGGUGGCUUCAUUCUGUUGCGGAUGUUUCUGUACAAGAAGUAG